CCUAUUGCUGCUCCCUGUGUUGCUGUGUUAGCAGAACGUACCCCAGAUCUCAGUGGAGGCGGUAGCCGCAUCUUUAUUUCUGUUCCUCACUGAAAAAUACCACACUUAUGCUCUUCAGUACAGUACAGGACCAGUGAAAAACAUACACAUGAGGUGGCGAUCACAAAACGUGACAGCCUCUCUGUAACUGUAUGGACCCUGUGGAUGUGCGUUAGUCCAGGAGUGUGUUUGCACCAUUGCCCCCUCAAUGGUGGCGACUCCAACUGACAGCACAAGUGUGUUUGCCUCUACUUUUGCCCUAUGGUGUGUCCUUGUCAGUUUAUCUGAGAGUCUGUGAGAAAAGCAAGCAUCAUGUCAAGGGCAGAAAGGGCGAUUAAUAGUGAAGCGGGUGACUGGGGGUACAGUGAGGAUGCUGGUGAAAGAGCAUGGCUCUUACAGAGCCCCAGUGUGGACUCCAUCCAACUACCUACUCAGUCAGACGACAGACGUGGAGGGACUUCAUUACUUGGUGCUGUGUUCAUUGUAGUGAAUGCUGCUCUGGGAGCCGGACUUCUUAAUUUUCCUGCUGCUUUCAACAUGGCUGGAGGCGUCACAGCUGGAGUGACCCUUCAAAUGUGUAUGAUUGUCUUUAUCAUCACUGGGCUGGUGAUCUUGGCUUAUUGUUCUCAGGUGAGCAAUGAAACAACAUAUCAGGAGGUGAUUCGUGCGGUAUGUGGAAAGGCUCUCGGUGUUGUAUGUGAGCUGGCCAUUGCUGUUUACACCUUUGGCACCUGCAUAGCCUUCCUUAUUAUUAUUGGGGAUCAGUUAGACAAGCUGAUUGGCGCAAUAAACAGUGAGUCAGAGAAAGAGAUUAGUUUGCACUGGUACACGGAUCGUAAGUUCACCAUCACUUUGACCUCAGUGCUGAUCAUACUGCCUCUGUCCAUACCCAAGGAGAUUGGCUUCCAGAAGUAUGCCAGCACCCUGAGUGUUAUCGGCACCUGGUAUGUGACAAUCAUAAUCAUCGUCAAAUACAUCUGGCCUGACAAAGACAUUUCUCCAGGAAUCAUCCCAGUCAGCCCUGCAUCCUGGACCGACGUGUUCAAUGCCAUGCCCACAAUCUGCUUUGGUUUCCAGUGUCACGUCAGCAGCGUUCCUGUUUUUAACAGCAUGAAGAAGCCAGAAAUCCGGCCUUGGUGGGGAGUUGUGACAAUAAGCAUGAUCAUCUGCCUUUUUGUGUAUACAGGCACAGGUGUCUGUGGCUUCUUGUCAUUUGGCGCAAGCGUAAGCCAGGAUGUUUUGAUGUCAUAUCCAUCUAAUGACGUUGCGGUAGCCAUUGCUCGCGCCUUCAUCAUCAUCUGUGUUGUUACCUCAUAUCCAAUCCUGCACUUCUGUGGAAGGGCAGUGCUGGAAGGUUUGUGGCUGCGUUUUAAAGGAGAGGAGGUAGAGACAGAUGUGGCCAAAGAACGGAGACGGAGGAUACUGCAGACACUCAUCUGGUUUUGUCUUACACUAAUUCUUGCUCUCUUCAUUCCUGAUAUCGGACGAGUCAUUUCACUAAUUGGUGGUUUGGCUGCAUGCUUCAUCUUUGUUUUUCCAGGGUUGUGCUUGAUUCAGGCAAAGCUUUCAGAGCAUGAUGUCAGAACAGCCAGUUGGAAGGGAAUGGUGGUCUAUGGGGUCAUUAUGGUUACAAUUGGUGCUUUCAUCUUUGGCCAGACGACCACUAAUGCCAUCUACCAAGAUAUCAUCAAUCAUCCCAACAGCCCAUAGGAAGGGUUGCUGUGACCCCCAUGAAUACUGGGCAUGAAUAUGAACCGGUAGAGACAAACUAAAAACAUGGGAAUGAAGACUGUACAAAUCAUGUCUACCACUGACCUCUAUCACGUCUUCAGGAGACUGUUUUAAAUAUCUCGUAUUGUAAAGCGCAGCAGUCCCACAGAAGUCUAUACCUCUUGAUGUAGUGGAUCACCCACCAGCAUGCAGCAUCAAGCUCUCUGCUCUGGCUGUUUGUGAAUGGAGGACCCCUGUGAAGGACAUUGUUCUUCACCAUUUUUUCUGAAUGGAUAUGGACAUUGUGUUAAAUCUUCCGAUGUUAGAUCUUCCAAAUAUAUGUCCCUUUCUUUUGAAAUGUAAUUUUUUUUUGUCCAUGUUCUUUUUUAAUUUUUAUAUAUUUUUUUAAGAAACUGAUUUUAUGAAAGCCUUAUAUACUUGACAUUGCAAAUGUGGUCAGUGUUCAUGAUGUUUACCCUUAGAAUCUUAUUGCAAACUUUUUUUUGAUGACUUGCACUGCCAAACAUGUAAUUCUACAGAUCCAUAAGAUCUAAUAGUGUGUAUGUGUAUGUGUGUGUAUAUAUACCACUUUAGACCAGAAGUGACACUUAUUUAAACUGUAUUGCAGAAAAUUCUUGAUGAACGGUUUUAAUUUGUUGCAUUGUUAUUGUUUUAGGUACAUUUUCUGAAUGUGUUUUUCAUUAAGUUGUUGCUUAGGCCAAGGGUGCAAUAAUCUCUGAUUUUACUGAAGUUUACUGAUACUUGAGUGAAUAUAAUGAAAACUAGAUGAUUUACUGAAAAAGUUAAUUAUUUUGUGUUUAUUUUGUUUUGGGGGAAAUUCAAAAGUAUUGAAGUUAGUGUGAAUGAGAAUUUCUUCAGUAAGUUUCUUUGAACCAUUAUCUGAACAGUUUAAUUGAGUCACAUUGGUGUGCUGGUGACCCUUUCUGUACUACAUGUUCCAAUUCUCAACUGUGCAUACAUAUUAUGAAAAUUCCUCAUGGAUUUAAUCAGUAACACUAGAUGCAUGUUUGCUUUUCCACAAUCAUGUAUUAUUGUAUGUUUUACUGUUUCAGUGCAAUCACUAAAGGGAUGUUCCACGAUAAAUCAACAAACUGAUUCUGUGCUCCAUUCUGUGCGACUUAAAAAAUGCAAAAAAUAUUUAAAUAAACAGAAAAAGUAAAUGGUUGGCUACAUAA